AUGGAGGAGACUGGACCGGACCGGAUGGAGGAGAGUCGAUCGCCGAAGGAGCCAAAGGAACCAAAGGCAAAGCAUAAGGUUAAGAAGGUCUUCAAAAAAUCAAAGAGAAGGACGGAGAAGGACAGUGGGCUAACCUCAGUCACUGGGAAUGGCGAACAGCCUGACGAAGCUGAGGGAAGCGAGGAGAUAUCCACAGAGGCUGAGACCUCUCCAAGCCCUUUGCAUAUGGGCCCAGGCUCCAGGCCUGCAGAUCUUAAGGACCGUGCGCUCUUCGGGCAUGGGAGUUCCGAGACAGAACCUGUGGCCCACGAAGGAGAGGCCACGGCAGGAGCGUCAAAGCAUGAGGAUCUCGACACGUUGCGGACGUUGCUCGGAGAAGCGGAAAAGGGGACCGUUGUUUGGGAAGAAGAAGACUGCGAAGGUGAGACAGCUGCAGAGCUCUUUAUCAAAGGGGGCACCGAAAGGUUCAGGAGUUUGUCUAGCCGAGCUGAGAUAGACGUGCGGCAGGCGCUUUGCUGCAUGUUUUACUUCAGGGUGGAACUCACACUGAGGAGAACGUCAGAGUUCUUGAUUUUCCUCUUGGCCGAAGCCCGCGUUCGCUUGGAGGAGGACCUAGAAGAAGGGGAACGUCUGGCUCGGAUGCAUGGUGAAGUACAGCAGACAGCCAUCGUCCUUGUUGAGAAACUCCGGGCAAACGACCAGGAGAUGCUUUGGAGCACACAAGCCGGUCUUGAGAUCCUGAUGAAAUUCCAACUUGGUGAUGCACGACUCUUCUUUGCCCGCCCUUCAUUGCAGCAGAUCAUGCUCGAUGUUUGGCAAGGUGUCCGUCCAGACUACUUUCAACGAAGCUGGUGCAAGCAGUUGCAGGUUUGGAUGUGGCUGCUCAUGUAUGGCAUACCCAACUUAGUGAUGGUCUUUCUGUGGGCAGUGGCACCUGAAUUUGAGCAAUACAUGCACACCCAAACGAUCUCGCGCGCGGACGCCGCACGACAAGAAGAAGAGAAAAGCUGGCACAAGAUCAGGGAGACCCUUGAGAAGUGGCCUAAGUCCAACUGGCCCUAUACCGUGGAAAGCAAGAAGCAGGCGGUCUGUUUGGAGUGGCCUUAUGCAGGCGCAAAGAGCAAGAGGCAAAAAAAGUGCUGGGACCUUGCUCAAUUCAAUAAAGCGAUCCGAGAGGAAUGUCGUGAGCAAGUCUUUUUGGUUCAAUGCCGCCUUCCACUCCUCAUACCGCGCUAUAAGAAGUAUUUAGCCAUUCUGACCAACCUUGCAUUUGCUGCUUACUUGAUCGGAGAAACACCCGAUGAAGCUAACGCAGUGGCUGUGCUCAUCCUGAGCGCUGGUGCCUGGCUAGGCGAGGUGGCGCAGCUUUUAAGCUUUGCAAAUUCCAAGGCUGGAGCGCAGAAUUCUUUCUCCUUUUGGUUUAUGGAUCGAGUGAACGUGAUGGAGUUGAUCGCCUUCACUUGCAUUGCAUGGGCGAGCGUGCUGUGCUUGAUUCAGCAGGAUUGGAUUGAGUUUGCUCAGCAGUUCAAAGCCUUAGGGGUCCUCUUCCUGGGCAUUUCCCAAUGCAUGGCCAUGUUGCGCAUGAGUUCCGUCUUUGGCCCCUUGGUGUCCAUGACGAUGAACAUGAUCGUAGACAUGAUCCAGUGGGUGACGCUGCUGGCCCCCAUCAUCGCAUGUCUCGUAGCCGCUUUGAUCACCCUCUUUAAGACGAAACAGGAGACGAGCGAUUGCCUGCCAUUUGGAUCCAACUACUUGAGGGGAGUUGUCGCCUUCUUCGAGGUCCAAAUCGGCCAGGAUCUGGAAUUUGAAUGCCUCCGAGAUCCGGAGAAGUCGCCUCACACGGUCACCGGGCCGCUCAUUAUGAUUUCGGGUAUGUGGAUGAUUCAGAUCUUGAUGCUAAACAUGCUCAUCGCAAUGAUGGCCAAGACCUUUGAUCGCAUCUACGAAUCUGCCAUGGUGGACUUUCAGUACCAAUUUAUCGGGAGCUUGCUGCAGAUGGUGGAAGAACCGUCCGUGCCGCCUGUUUUGCGGACCUUGGGGUUACCUUGGAUGAUGUGCUGCACCUUAUGGCGGUGGACCAAGGGCAGUCGUGAGCAGAUCACCAAGAAGAUAUGGACGACGCAGAAUGAGAGCAACUCAGAGGUUUGGUUGCGCUUGUCGAGCUUUCAUGCCAUGCACCGAGAACAGCAGCAAAGAGAUGCAGUUUCGGGAGAAGUAAAGAUCAGAGGGGACGAAGAUGGCAGACCCACAGAUCAUGACCAGUGCAUCGAUCUUCUCUACAAGAGCGUGACCUCCUUCAUCUCAGAACAUGCCUCAGACACACAGGUGCAAGACGACCUUUGGCGGAAGCAGAUGGCGCAAAAGAUUUGUUCGGUGGACAUGAAGCUGGAGACGAAGGUGGAUGCCUUGACGACCAAACUCGACACAUUGACCCAGACUUUGGAGGCUCUACUUCCGGAUAGCAAGAAGGCCAGGAAGUCGGAGGCCGCAAGGCAUCUCAAAGAUCGCACCCGCUCGGAUUAG